UCCUCGCCUUUAUCAAAUGGGGUGCACCAUUUCACUCUACUUGCCUUCUCUCUCUCUGUGUGACUGUAAAAUAUUUACUGCUGGAAGUUGUUGGCAAUGUCUCGUGUGCAGCAUUUGCUUUAAAAAUUCCUGUAAAGUAUUUAAGAUCUGCAUACUCAAAUGGUAUUACUAAAUGUAGGAUGGGACUUACGUUGAACGGCAGAUAUAUUUCACUGAUUCUGGCAGUACAACUAGUCUACCUGCUACAGACAGUGAAAGCAGCUGGGAAAUGUGAUACGGUGUUUAAAGGGUUCUCAGAUUGUUUGCUCAGACUGGGAGAGAAUAUGGCAACCUACCCACAAGAGCUGGACGAUAAAAAGAAACUACAGACGAUCUGCACAUAUUGGGAUGAGUUCCACGUCUGCGCUACCACUGCGCUUGCAGAUUGCCAAGAAGGAGCGACGGAUCUUUGGGAAAAACUGAAAAAGGAGUCCAAAAAACUCGAAUUUCGGGGUAGCUUGUUUGAACUGUGUGGACGGGGCAACGGAGCAGCCAAAUCUACUCAUCGUCACUGCUUCACUGUUAUUCUUAUAGCACUCUCUGCUCUAGUGACAUGGCUUGCUUUCUAAAACAAACAACAACAAAAAACCCCAAAACAUAAAUAACGACAAAAUACAUCUAGCGAUCGAAAUCACAGCAUCUACAUCAUAAUGGAUGUAUAUGCUAAUACCUCCAUCAUUACUGAGGACGUUGUGAUUUACUCGUGACGCUGAAAACCUCGAUUGUUUUGAAUAGUUGGAAACGUUUGAUCUUCGCCUUGUGAUUUUUUUCAUUGUCAGAUGUAUUACCAAACAAAAUGCUGAGCAUCUGCCAAAACAAGGGACGUCAGCUUUACCCCGUCGCUUCGACAAUAAAUCAACUUGCACCACCUUCAAAUAAACUCAGGAAAGGCCUUGGCCAUUAAUACAAGAUGGAACCUUAUAAAAAGUAUUACAAGGAAAACGAGAAGAAACGAUUGAAGGGAAACUGUGAGAAUAAAGUCCACGUGCGAUUCCAGAGAACUGCUGCUGCUGAUCCGUUCAACCGCCACUGUGUGCCCCAUCAUUACGAUAAAAGUGGUCUCCACAUUAAAACGUACAGUAGCAUGUGAACACGUGCUAAUAUGCCGGAUUACAGUUGGAAGGAGUGAACACGUUAGUUUUAUUUGAUGUUGCCAAGGUAUAUGACCACGUUUCACUGCCUUUAGUUUUAAUUGUAUUUUCUGUUUGUUCGUUUGUUUGUUUCUGGGGAUGUUGCAUAUAAUACCUGAAGAGUAUUCAAAAGUAUAGACUACAAAGGGGCGCUAUAUAUAAUCUAUAAAAAAGUGUGUGUGUGUGUGU